AUGCCACGAGAGGACCAAUCGAUUUAUACCCGCACCACGAUCACCCAAGAUUCUUCGCGCCGGGACACUGCCUCCAACAGAUCCUCUACGCGCGGGUGGGAGGAUGCCGGCGGCUCGUCGUCAGCCCAAGGCCAGUACAGCCACAGCGCUUCCGUCACUUCCCCCAGGAAGACCGAGCCCACCACUGUGACAGUGCCCAAUGACAAUGUGGAAGAUACUAUAGACGAUUUGGAUCGUAUGGGGUGUCAGCUGCUGUCUGUUUCGCGUAGCCGGAAGAAUGGGAAAGGGUGGACGGAUAUUAGUUAUCAGGCUGUCCCGCGCUAG